AUGAAACAAGAAAUCCUCCCAGAUCCUGACUUUGGAGCAUCUAAAGCCAGAGCCGAUGAUUCCGCAAAGCUCGAACCCCAAAUCGGGGAAUCCCAGAGCCUACACAAUGGCACCACGUCCCCCGACACGAACGAAGAAACACAUCGAGGCUUCAAGCCCCGACAUUCUCAGAUGAUUGCAAUUGGGGGUGCCAUUGGUACUUCUCUGUUCCUGGGAACUGCACAAGUCCUCCGUGUGGGCGGUCCUCUCUUCCUGCUCAUCUCUUACGGCGUCUUGUCUGUGCUGGUGUACUGCAUUGUCACCGGCAUCGCGGAGGUUGCGACAUACCUCCCUGUGCCUGGCGGUACCAUGGCCUACUACGGCCACAAGUACGUCUCCCGCAGUAUGGGGUUCGCCAUGGGUUAUCUAUACUGGUACUCCCUAGGCAUCUUGAUCCCAUACGAGUUUGUCGCUUCGACCCUUCUCAUCGACUUCUGGGGCCCUGCUGUCAGUCCUGCUGUUUGGAUCACCGUCAUUUACGCCGUCAUCGUGCUUCUCAAUUUCUUUCCCGUAAGGGUGUUUGGAGAGUGCGAGUUUUGGAGCGCUGGGAUGAAGAUCAUACUUAUCCUUGGCUUGAUCUUCCUCUCCAUCGUUGUAUUCUUUGGAGGAGGGCCGAACCACGACCCCCUGUACUUUCGAUACUGGAAGAAUCCUGGACCUGUUAAUACCCAUAUUGUGAAGGGAGAUGCAGGACGCCUUGUUGCUCUUCUUCAGUCCUUUGUACUCGCUUCGUUCGCCUUCGUUCUGGCUCCCGAGCAACUCAUCGUUACAGCGGGCGAGAUGCAGUCACCACGUUACAACUUGCCUCGUGCAGCUCGACGCUACGUCUGGCGUCUAAUUAUUCUCUUCAUGCCUAGUGUCUUGGGAAUCGGUGUUGUUUGCAUGUCCAACGACCCCGCGCUCUCUUCGUCUGGAACAGCAAGCUCUCCAUUUGUCAUCGCCAUCCGCAACGCCGGAAUCCCUGUCCUUGACAGUAUCGUCAAUGCCAUGAUUCUUCUUUCGGCCAUCACUGCCGGAAAUGCGUUUCUCUAUUCUGCGUCCCGGAAUCUCUACUCCCUAGCCAAAGCUGGCAACGCCCCUGCAAUCUUCAGAAAAUGCAACAGUUACGGCCUUCCCUACUUUUCGGUUGCCGUCACAGCCUGCCUUGGUGGUCUAGCCUACCUGUCUCUUUCCAGUAGCAGUCUUACUGUCUUCAACUGGUUGAUCAACAUCACAAACACGUCCGGUUACGUCAGCUGGAUCUGUUGUGGUAUCAUCUACGUUAGGUAUCGCAAGGCGAUCGUCCAUCACAAACUGGAGUCACCGUACCGUUCCCGGUUGCAGCCAUGGGGUAUGUACUUUGGCUCUGCAGGCUCUGUCAUCUUGCUGUUGAUCAAUGGUUUUACCGUAUUUUUCCCUUCCGAGUGGUCUGUGGCAACAUUCCUUACUGCGUAUAUCGGUAUCCCGGCCUUUUUGCUCAUCUAUUUCGGUCACCGCCUCUACUACCGGAACGAUGAAUGGGUCAGAAAGCCGGAAGACAUUGAUAUGUAUGAAGGAAUGGAUGAGGUGCUCGCUGCAGAGAGGCCACCACCCGUCAGAGGCCAGAUCAGCAAGAGACUGUGGGCGUUGAUCGAGUAG